AUGAGUUUGGAGAUUGACAAAGCCACCUACGACAUCCUGUGCUCGGCAGGACUCGAGAAAAUGCCGCUAGAUUGGUACAAGGAAAUUCAAUCCAUCAUCACAGAGGACCAAGCCCGGACUGUUGUUGCGAACUUCUUCAAGGGUGAACAGUGUGUGUCCAUGAACAGAGAUGAGAAGCCAGCUGAUGGUCACGGGGUGGUGAUCCUUGCAGCGCUGCAGCUUCGACUCUGGUCUCUUUUGGAGCCGCGGGCAGUUCUGGCCAACGUGUUGUCAUCCAGCCUCGCCGGCACGCCGUCGAGUGGUCUGGAAGGCACAGUGGCGCAACAGCAGUGCGAUUUGGGAGUUGACUUAAAGACAACCGUGUCCCCGCCGGAGGGCCGCCCCGUGCGCCUUUGCUUCUGCAAGGCUGCACAAGCCAAGCUGGAUGAGAACGAAGCUGAACCCGAGGAGACCGAGGUAGAUUACACCGGCGUUGCGAAGGCAUGGGAAAACAACCCCAUCAUCAGAUCUGCCUCUCUCAAGAACAAGACACUUCUUCAGUGGAUAAACAGAGAUGAAGUGGGUGUUGUGACCAUGAAGACUGUCAAGCUGAAUGUUCCAGUUUUGACCGAGCUCUUGAAAAUCUACCUCCCCCAGUGCCCUGACGCGAAGACCUGCAACAUUGAGCUUCUCAAGGAGCAAGUUGCCAAGUUCCGGGAGGAGCUCUGCCUUGAGGAACACCAGGGAACCGUGCACUGCGAGGGUGCGGCCCUGAAGAGCAUGGUGACCAUCAUCAACCGGCGCAACGACGGCUGCAAGCGGCGUGAUCGUCGACUCCGGGAGCUGUACGAUCUUGUGACGCAGUAUUGGGCCCCGAAGCCUCGCAAGACAAAGUCUAGAGCAGACGUGGACGAGGAAGAUGAUGAGGAAGAGGAAGACGGAGAGUCAGGAGAGGAGCCGACAGGAGAGGAGCUGGCAGGAGAGGAGCCAGAGGAAGAGGAGCCACAGCAAGAGGAAUAUCCUGGAAAGGAAGGAGCCCAAGAUGAGUUCAAAGGAAGUACGGUAGAGGAUCCGGACUUUACCAGCCCCAUCAACGACCUAAAGUUGAUUGCAAGCCUUGGCAUCCUUGCGGCCUCACCCAAUCCGCCCUCUGCGUAUUUACCUCGAGCAUCGUCGCCUAAGCCCCUUCCGCCCACAAAUGCUCCGAGUAUAGACGAGCAGCUGGCUGCUCUGGAGUCACCCGUCUGCAAUCUGCCCGAGGUCUUGCAUUCCGGAUUUCAGGUUCGGUGUUGUAGAUGUGGGGCCUCUAAUGUACCAAGGAUCCAAGCUUGUAGCUUCGAUUGUUAG